CAGAGCUGGAACGGAGGGGAUUUACAGGAGCGUGAGAGCUGCAUACAUGAGAUCACACGGAGUCAAGCUCGACUACAUCCAGAUGCUCCUGCGAUCGUUGCUCAUGAUGGUUCUCUCUCUUAUCACGAUCUCGAAGUUCUUACAAACCGAUUGGCCCACACAUUCUUCACUAAAUUUGCAUUUCGUCCAGAGGAAAAAGUUCUUUUAGUAUUUCCUCAUUCGAUCUGGGCCAUAGUGGGUAUGGUUGCUGUCAUGAAGGCCGGCUCUGCCUUCGUUCCCCUGGAUGAAAAUUUCCCUCUGGAUCGGGUUAAAUCCAUCGCCUCGAAAGCAAACGCACGAUUUGUGAUCACAAAUGAAUUGUUAUCUGCGAAAUACGAAGAGGUCGGAUUAGAAACUCUCGUCUUGGACCAGUCAUUUGUGUCCAAAGAGACUCUGUCGACAAUGGAGGAUUGGUCAAACCAAAACAUCAGCCCAAGCAAUCUUGCCUAUGUUAUCUUUACAUCUGGUAGCACAGGGGAGCCCAAGGGUUGUGAAAUCGAGCAUCAAGCGUUUUGUUCCUCAGCUCUAGCGUACGGUCCGAAAUUCAGACUAGGAACUGAUAGUCGAAUACUUCAGUUCUCCUCCUACGCAUUCGAUGCUUCUUUAGUGGACAUCCUGGUAGGCCUACUCUCGGGAUCCUGCGUAUGCGUGCCAUCGGAUCACGACCGGAUGAAUGACCUCGGCCAAGCAGCUCUGCGGAUGGAGGCGAACUGGGCUAUGUUAACCCCGUCUCUUGUCUCAAGGCUAAACAUUGAGAAUGCAAAGUGUAUCAAGACUCUUGUCCUGGUAGGCGAGCCGCUUACCACCGAUGCAAGGGACGCCUGGGUACACCGCGUCGAUCUUUUUGGUGGUUAUGGACCAAGCGAGGUGGGUCCGAUUUCUGCCGUCGUGGGUCCGAUGACAUCCCAAUCGAACCCCAUCAACAUAGGAUAUCCCGUAGCGAACAAAAGUUGGGUCGUGGAUCCGUCUGAUCAUAACCAACUCGUGCCUGUGGGAGCAGUGGGGGAACUUGUGCUCGAGAGUUGCUCUCUUGGAAGGGGAUAUAUUGGUGAUAAGGAGAGGACAAAUCAAGUCUUCAUCGAGAACCCCGAGUGGUGCAAAUUUGCCGAAUUUCGCAACGAGGUGAAGAUACGACGCAUGUAUAAGACCGGAGAUUUGGUAACACGUUGCGAAAAUGGAACCCUUCAGUACAUUGGCCGCAAAGAUAUGCAGGUCAAGGUCCGAGGCCAGCGCAUGGAAUUGGGCGAUGUCGAGACGCAUCUGAAAGCCAUCGUUGCUGCUGAACUUGCCGUCGAGCCUGGGGUCCCUCGGGGAUGUAAAGAAGACGAGAAGAUGCUAAUCGCAUUCUUGUGUCUAGGACCUGAGUCGAUAAUUUCCGACGACCUAUCUUCUGUGGACACGAAAGUGCAAGCUCAGCUGCAUGGUUUGCUCGACGAUGCUGAAGAGAAGUUAUCCCGCAAGUUGGCUCGCUACAUGUUGCCUGUAGCCUAUCUACCACUCCACACUCUUCCUAUCACGAUAUCGGGUAAAAGGGAUCGACGGAAGUUACAGCAAAUGAUUGCCUCCUUGAGCAAGCAAGAGCUUCUAGCCUGGGGAACGCCAAAGUCGACACUGUCAAUUGGUCGGCCUUUAGUCACGGACAUGGACCGACGAGUUGCCGGGCUUUGGUCUAAAGUGCUUAAACUUGAAACUGAUAUGCUGAGUUUGGAUGAUGAUUUUGUUAAGCGAGGUGGUGAUUCGUUGGCGGCUAUGCGACUGGCAAGUCUCGCCAAGGAUGCAGGGUUAAAGCUAUCUUUCCGAGAUAUAUAUCGUGUUAGUCGCCGGCUUGGUGACCAAGUGGAUAUAUGUAUAAAACAUGCCCGGAAUUCCGUAGCUAAGAAAAAAGGGGGGUAGGAAGUUCUUUAUGUUAUCUCAGCUAUGCUCGCGCCGCAAUACAGAAGUGCAUACCCGACUUCACGUGUUAGAAACUUAAUGAAUAGAUGAUUUAAUAUGCUUUAUCAUCAAGUGUUCUGAAUCAGAUUCUAUCCAACAAGGUGGUCCAUAUGUUAAAUCGAUCUGAUCAG